AUGAGAAAAAGAGCCUGCGACAAGUGCCACAAGGCAAAACGGUCCUGCUCGGGCGUACCAUGCGCGUUCUGCCAGCGCAGACGGCUAGAGUGUACGCUGGAGCGGCCGCUGAAGAAAUUUGGCCGUCCGUCCAAACACAUCCCUGCCCCCGUGGUGAAGGAGACGGAUCCAAUGGGCGAAAGGAGCGUGGUACUGUCUGACAGCUCAAAUACAAGCGUUGAGGACACAAACGACAGCUGGAAACACGGCACGGUGGUUCUGAGACAGCAGCUGAGCUACAAUUUCAACUUUGACCAUAGGGAAAAGGCGGUUCUGGAGCAGUUCAUCGACACAGGCGCCGCUGUUUUGUUUGGAGACAGGGCCAGCACGUUUUUGCAAGCGGUGAUCCCACUGGCCUUCUCGUUCAAUUGCGUCAAGUACCCGAUCCUUGCCAUUGCAGCUGCCUCCGGAUCCCACAUAGCGGCCUUCAGAGAGACACAGAAGUAUCGGUCGCUGGCGAAGCUCGUCCGCAGAGACACCGUGCUGCAGGAAACAGGAACCCUGGCCACGCUGCUCGUAGUGCUCAUGGAGAUCCUCAUGGGCGACGGAAUGGACUCCACAACGUAUCUGGACGAGAUCCAGAAAACAGUAAGUCCUGUGAGUUCGUGGCUCGCCAGACAAGAGACGUACCUGCACCAGGUCAUGUCUGACUUGUUUUUCUACUACGAAUCGUUGCUCGGUUACAACUUUGGGGUCAGGAACGCCGAAUUCAGGCCAAGCUCGUUCAAACUAGCGUUUGGCCUCGACCAGGGCACGCUGCAAACUCUCUCGCAGAUCCGCACGCUCCAAAAACUCAAAGAACAGACGUCGCUGUCUUUGAACGAGUUCUCGCAAUUUGCAACGCUGAUUGAGACAAAACUACAGACCACUCCAAGCACAACUCAUCUGGGUGCUGCCAUUCAAUGUGCGUGCUAUCUAGAGCUAUGCCGGCUCAGACCAGGCUCAGAUCUGUCAACAGCAAACUGUCUCAAUGCUCUCUUGGACAGUAUCAAGGCAAUACAGAACCCAUCUGAAUGCCAGCUACUCUUCCCUCUGCUCAUUGCAGGAACUGCAGCCACCACUGCAGAAGACCAAAACUACGUCCUAGAUCGUCUGAGUCUGAUCCAUAAUCGCCUAAGGUUCCCAUUUAUUAGUCGCUAUCAAGAUCUUCUGCGCCAGCUGUGGCGAUCUAACGAGUCGCUCAGCACCAUCAUUAAGUAUCAAUUCCCGGGAUUAUUCAUAUUAUAG